GGACGGGGACGGACGGCGUCUUCGAUGAGUAAAAGGAGUCGAACUGAAUCGGUGUCUUCACCGCUCAGCUCGCCCAAGAAUCCACCGUCCCCGUCGGUGAGCGUCGGGGUUUCGCGAACUUCAGGGGAAUCACCAGCGAGUCCGGCGAUGACACGCAAAAGAUUUUCGGCUAAGAGCCUUCCUGAGGACAGUAUUGAGUCGCGAGUUAGGAGGAGCUCUCGUCAUCAAAGAGGAUCUAAGUUAGGUGAAGCUGAAUUGGCGAAGAUUAUUCAAUCAAGGCAGUUGCAGGACAGAUCAGCAUAUGGUCGUUAUUAUAAGGAGAGGAGACUUGUUGAGGAAGGGGAAGGGCCGUUGGAGCCACCACCGACGCCGGUGUCACCAGAGCGAAUUAAGGGAAAACCGUCACCUCAGCUACACGAGGGAAGUGCGAGAUCGGGAGGGAUCCGGCAAGCAGUUCGAGAGGCUGUCGCGUCGGUCGAGAUAGUUCCUGAAGUUGCCGUUGCUGAGGGUAAAGGGAAAGAUGUUGAAAUGGAUAUUAGUGCUGAUGGAAAAAGCGCGCAAAAGGUCGGUCGACCGACGAAGAGGAAGGACCCGGCAGAAGAGCUUAGGGAAGCGGCGGAGAAAAAAGCUAGAAGCAUUCUGUCACAACCAGUCGUUGACCGGGAAUAUCCUAGCAGGUUGGAUGUGAUCAUACCAGCUAAUAGAGUCCGACAGCGUCGCAAAGUUGUUGAAGGAUUUGCUAGUGCGGUGGAUAAGGGCGUCCGAGCGGAUCAAAUGAGAAGUUCUGUCAGUGAAUUUGCCCGGGAUGCUGGCGAGCGAUUGGAAGCGAAGAUAUUCGUGAAGGAAGAAGCUGCGAGUGAAGGUGGAUGGUCAAAGUAUCUUAAGGAGGUAUCACGCAUCGGGAAGAAUUUGAUACUAGCUGGAGGCAUCGUUCAAAUUGUUGAGAAAAAGUUGGUAUCACUUGAUGAGGUUGCUUCUCGGCAUUGUAAAGGAGAGUGGUUGAAGAGUAUAAAGGAAAAUGAUGAAGUGCUUCCCAACGAAAAACGUUACGACAAUGUGAAGGAAUUGAGGGAAAUGAUGAAGAGGAUUCGCUUGCUGCGAGCGCGUGGCGAUGGAGAUGUCUCGACGGUGUUGGGAAGGAUCGAUGAAGGGAAGGAAGAUUUUCACAUGCCGAAAGUUCCCCAUCUUUUUGGACGGUAUUUGAGGAACGAAUCUAAAGGACACCGUCGCUCUUGGAGGAAAUAUGUGCAGACGCGGUAUGUGAUGCCUAAAGCGAUGGGACAGGUACCGAGUGCAGCGUCCCAAAUGGCGUUGUUUCACGACGAUGAUUUUAAGAGGAAAUAUAGGAUGGGAGUGAGGAACUCGAUGUUUAGAAAGGUGUUAAAGCCCUUCACGACUCGUAGAGACUUCCGCUCGGACAACCUGAAUCAGACGAUUCACAAUUUGAGGGUAACCAACAGCGCGCUUUACGCGAUUGAAGAUAAAGGAGGCUUCGAUGAGUACAUCAUGAGAUCUCCUCCAGAGGAAAUGAGAUCGAACACGGGAGAGAAGAUGCGGCAGGUUAUGUAUUGGUAUAUGAAGCACCCAGAGUACAAGGCGUUGGGAUUACCUUGGAAGGUGUUUCUGCGGAAGAGGAAUCAAUUGGAUCCGUCAUAUGCACGAUAUAUGCACGAGUUGAAGAAACACCACGCUGUGCGACAUCUGUAUAAGCAACAUUCGAAGUUCUCGCCAUACUACUUGCCGAAGCAUGAGAAGGGACUGUAA